UCUUUGUUCCAUCAAUACACUUUUUUAAAAAAAAAGAAGAGAUUUAAAAUGUCAGAAAUUAUAAAGUAAAAAUACCAAGACAAUAUAAGCAAGCUUGUAAAAGGUAAAGAAAAACACAAAUAGUAACGACUGACAUAUAUUUUUCUUUUUUGCGUUUUUUUUUCCUCUUCCUUUUUAGAAAGAGAAAGUGGGACCAAGAUGAUCAUGGAGAGGCAGGACCUGAUGCCAAAGCCACCAAAGUAGAUAUUGACCCUAGCAAAGCUGUCAGUGAGGCUGCGGCUAGAAUCAAUGCCAUGUUGGCUCAAAAGGGCAUUCCGCUGCAUGAUGAAGUGCAUGGGCUUUCCGACGUUGGUGGUGGUUUAAAGAACGAAGGCGAGUUUGUCAAGGACAUUCCUAUCAAUGACCUGAAGAAUAGAUACAUGUUGACUCGUGGAGCCACACAAACCCAAAUCCAACAAGAAACAGGAGCAGAUGUGAUUACGAGAGGAAAGUACUAUCCUGAUGUACAAUUAGCCUCUGAUAGAGAACCACCACUUUAUUUACAUAUUACGGCCUCCAACAAGCAAUCGUUGGAUAAAGCUAUUGCCAAGAUUGAAGAGUUAAUUGAGACUUCCCAAGUUCCUUUACCAGGCAGUGGUUAUCCACCUCGAGAGGAACGACAGGACAUGAUGAAUAAGCAGCAGAGACCUGAACGAAAGUUUCAUGAGAAGCGUUUACCUGUUGAUAUUGGAGGUACUCCCCAUUUUAAUUUGCGUGCUAAAAUCGUUGGUCCCAAUGGUGCCUUUGUCAAACACAUUCAGCAAGAAACUGGUUGCAGAGUUCAGUUGAAGGGUAAAGGCUCUGGUUUCUAUGAGUCUAGCACAGGUGUUGAAUCCGAAGAACCCUUGCACGUCCACAUCUCUUGCCCUAGAGAAGAAGGAUUAGAGGCGGGUGUGAAAUUAACCCAGGAUUUGUUGGAUACAGUCAAAGCAGAAGCAGAAAGAGGUCCUCCCGCCAACCAAUAUGGUUAUGGACGUGGUGGAUAUUCCAAUAACAAUGUUGGACGCGGUGGUUACAACAACGGCGGGUAUAAUGCAGGUUAUAGUGGAUAUCAUAAUGCAGGUCAAAGUGCUGGUGAAGUGGAUCCUGCCACAGCUCAAAGUUAUGAUGCUUACAAUAGCUAUUAUAACAAUUAUUAUGCCCAACCUCAACAAGGGGCAGCAGCAGGCCAACAACAGUAUGGACAAUACGAUGCAGCUGCUUAUUAUAGCUAUUAUGGAUAUACACCUGUUGAUCCCAAUGCCGCUGCUACCGUUACAACUGCUGCUACAGGUACACCACCUCCACCUCCACCACCAGCAGCAUCAGCAGGUACUCCUCCACCUCCAUCCAAUAAUCCACCUCCACCACCUCCUCCUGCAUCCGGCAGUCCACCACCACCACCUCCUCCUCCUCCUUCAGCCGAUGAAGAGAAAUAAAGUGACGUAAACCAAAAAAAAAAUAUACAUAAUAAACACACAAAAAAACAGACUGAUCCUAUUUUUUUAAAAAAAAUUAAUUGGGGGUAAAAAGCUAACCUAACAUUUAGUUCGAUUAACACACCGUGCGAACACUUGCUGACUAAAAAGAAAUACAACCAUAUAAAAAAAUAAAACUUCACUUUUUUUUUUUUUUUGCUUUUUUCUUUCUCUUUUUCUGUGUUUUCUUUUUUAGACGUAUAUAUAAAAAAAAUGGUUUCUAUUACAGUAUCAGAA